AUGCCUCCUAAGAAGCAGUGGGAUGAUGAGGACGAUGAUUCCAGUACUCCUCCAACCUCCCCCGUUGUAGGCGGUAUCCGUCGUAGCAAGUUCGAUGAUGAAGAAGGCGAAGACAGUGAUGUCCUUGAAUCGUGGGAUGCUGCUGAAGAUUCAGAGGCCGAGCGCGAGAAGGCUAAGAAGGCAGCUGAGGCCAAGGCUAAGGCUGAUGCCGAAGCCGCCGCUAACAAGAAGUCUAAGGCCCAACGUAUCGCUGAGCACAAGGCUGAGCGUGCCCGCCGCCUAGCUGAAGGCUCCGAAGAAUCCGAAGACGAGGACGAAGCCGAGCGACGCGAACGAAUACGCCGCACUGAGAAGGAAUCUGAUCUGAAGCACGCCGAGGAUCUUUUUGGCGAUGCUGGUAUCAGUCUUAGCAACGGGCGCAAGGCUACUACUGUUGGCUCUGCUGUACCUAUUGAUCCCCAAGACCCUACCAAGACCGUCGAUCUCAGUACUCUAUCUCUUUUCAACCCCCAGACUAAGACACAAUUCGAGACCCUGCGCAACACGAUAGUCCCGAUCUUAGCAGGGAAUCACAAGAAGGCACACUACGGCUUGUUCCUCCAGGAAUUCGCUAAGCAACUUGCCAAGGACCUACCUAGCGAUCAGAUCAAGAAGGUUGCCAGCACCCUCACUACUCUUAGCAAUGAAAAGAUGAAGGAAGAGAAGGCAGCUGAGAAGGGCGGCAAGAAGACAAAGGCACAGAAAACCAAGACCACGUUGGUGACUAGCAGGGCCAACACUACAGAUGUCGGUACCUACGAAGAGGACUUCGGAGAUGACGACUUUAUGUGA